GCACCUUUCACGAGCUGAGGGUGUUUAGUCAGGGCAUGCGCCUUGCGCCGCCGUGCUUCCGGCUGCAGCGGACCUUGCCGGUGGCAGUGGCCGUGCUGCUUCCUGGUGCCUGGUGGGUGCCAAGAAGCUGUGCCGGACGAGGCCUGGUACCCAGCGCAAGGACCUUUGCCAUGUCAGGCGCACGCCUUCCAGAGGCUUUGGUUUGGGUGGAUUGCGAGAUGACUGGCCUUGGGGCAGAGGGAGGUCCUGGACCCGAUACCUUGCUGGAGGUGGCUGUUCUGAUCACGGACGACCAUUUGCAGUUGGUGGCGGAAGGGCCUGAUGUCGUAGUGCAUCAUUCUGAUGAGGUGCUGGACGGCAUGAAUGACUGGUGCAAGCGGCAGUUCGGUUGGGACGACCAGCAGAAGAUUGCGCGACCCGGAUUGCUGGCCGACCAGGUCAGAAGAUCUAAGGUCACGCUGGAAGAGCUCGAUCAGAUGUUGUACGAAUUUGUCACCAGGUAUGUGGAAGAGAAAGGUGGCAUCCUCGCUGGAAACACGGUGCACAUGGACAAGCGCUUUUUGGACAAAUUCUGUCCGAAGUUUGUGAACUGCUUGCAUUAUCGCAUCGUGGACGUGAGCACGGUGAAGGAGCUCUGCCGACGCUGGUACCCGGAGCAGUUCAGUCGUGCGCCCAAGAAGAAGGACCUGCACCGGGCUAUGGACGACAUCCGCGAGAGCCUGAAGGAGUUGGCCUUCUACAAGGAGGCCAUCUUUCCGAAGUGA